CUCUAGAGCACUCUGCCGACACUGUGCACAAGAAGUUCGUUGGCGAUGUUGACCUGCCCGAGGAGGAAGAGCCUCUUCUUGUAGAGAGCUCGCGACGAUUCGUUCUCUUCCCCAUCCGCUACCACGAGGUGAGAAAUGGCGUCCAACAAGGGGGAGGCUUCACGUACAGAAGUCGACAACAGCCACUGCGACUUUUCGCGGCUGCCAAGCCCAUAGCGCAGGAAACACGUCAAUGUGGACGCGUCUUUGCGUGACGUGAAGCCGAGACAUUUCAUGAAGACGCGAAGCACGUCGAGCAUCCACACCAUACUGACUUCCACCUUCUCUCUCUCUGCCCCACAUCACUAUACCAUCUCCUGCUUACCAUCCUCCGUGUGCACGUCACCAUCAAUCGCCGCGUUUCUAUUGCCUCUUUUGCUCAUCAAUAGAUCUGGCAAAUGUACAAGAAGGCAGAGGCUUCCUUCUGGACUGCCGAGGAGAUCGAUUUGUCCAAGGACAUGCACGACUGGGACAACAAGCUCAAUGACAACGAGCGUCACUUCAUCUCCCACGUCCUCGCCUUCUUCGCCGCUUCGGACGGUAUCGUUAACGAGAACCUCGUCGAGCGGUUCUCAUCUGAGGUUCAGGCCGCUGAGGCUCGAUGCUUCUACGGUUUCCAAAUCAUGAUGGAGAACAUCCACUCUGAGACCUACUCGCUCCUCAUCGACACUUACAUCCGUGAGCCUGAGCAGCGUGAGUUCCUCUUCGACGCCGUCGAGACCAUCCCUGUCGUCAAGCAGAAGGCCGACUGGGCUCUGCGAUGGAUCAGCGACAAGAACGCCACCUUUGCCGAGCGACUCAUUGCCUUUGCCGCCGUCGAGGGCAUCUUCUUCUCGGGAUCCUUUGCCUCGAUCUUCUGGCUCAAGAAGCGAGGUCUCAUGCCUGGACUCACCUUCUCGAACGAGCUCAUCUCUCGUGACGAGGGUCUGCACACCGACUUUGCCUGCCUGCUGUUCAGCCACCUGAAGAAGCGGGCACACCCAGACACUGUUCUGGCCAUUAUCACCGAGGCUGUUGGUAUCGAGCAGGCCUUCCUGACCGACGCUCUGCCAUGCUCCCUCAUCGGUAUGAACGCUAAGCUGAUGUGCCAAUACAUCGAGUACGUCGCCGACCGACUGCUGGUCUCCCUGGGCAACGAGAAGCACUACAAUGCCACCAACCCCUUCGACUUCAUGGAGAACAUUAGUCUGCAGGGUAAGACAAACUUCUUCGAGAAGAAGGUCGCAGAGUACGCCAAGGCUGGAGUUGCACGAAAGGACACUGGAUCCGAGGAGACUGGCGAUGGCACACAAAAGAACACCCACUCCUUCUCCCUCGAGGAGGACUUCUGAGCGGCUUGUCAUCGGUAUCGCAGGGCGCAACCAUUCAUGCUCAUGGUCAUGGUCCACGGUCACCCAUACCACUCAGUCUUUGGUCUCUCUUUCACGUAGUCAUCAACACCACUUCCCAGUCUGCUCGUAUUACCCUUCUUGACGAUGGUUUCUCUUACAUGUAACAUAGCUAGCUCUGUCCUUUCCCAGCAAUCUUAUCCUACCCAAAACAAGGUCCUGU